AGAAGAAGAAGAAGAAGAAGAUUUAUUUUACAAGUGGUGUUACUGUACCUUUAAGAAGGUGAGGUGUGUGGGUGUGGCUUGUUCCGUGCAGGAGUUUCCGGAUUAGCGUGUUAAGGUAAACAAAGCGACUCCAUCAGAUGGUGGUUAGAGACCGAGGUGACGGUGUGUCAGGGACAGUCAGACAGGUGGAGGUGGAGGAGACACACAGGUGGAGGAAAAGACAGGUCGAGGAGACAGGUGGACAGACAGAGAGGUGGAGUGGGCGGAGACAGACAGAGAGGGAGAGUUGGAGGUGCAUGAGACAGUCAGACAGGGGGAGGUGGAGCAGACAGUCAGACAGGUGGAGGUGGAGGAGACGGACAGGUGGUCAGUCAGUCAGACAGGUGGAGGAGACAGGUAUACAGUCAGAGAGGUAGAGGUAGAGAAGACAGGUGGACAGGGCGGGGAGACAGACAGGUGGAGGUGAAGCAGACAGUCAGAGAGGUAGAAGGGUGGAGACAGACAGGUGGAGGUGGAGGAGACAUCAUGGAGACACUGGGGACAUUAGUGCUUCUUCUCCUGUGUUUAUCUGCCUCAGCAGUUUCAGGGAUCGGCUCCAAAGACACGGUGUUGACCGCCGCACCGGGAUCGAACAUCAUCAUCCCCUCGUGCCACCCGGUCAGUAAUCUGACCAUGGUGACACUCAUGUGGAGGAAAGUCAACGUUGAUGGCGGGACUUCACCGGUUCCUUCUACCGAGCGCAUCCAGGUCCUGUACGGCCACGAGCUGCAGAUCCAGGGGGUGACACCCGGAGAUGAUGGCAUCUACCAGUGCAGCUGGUCCUCACACCCCUUCCCAGCGCCCAACAACACUGUCUACUCACGUUACCGGCUUCUAGUCACCAGUGGUCCAGAGAACGUGUCCCUGUCCAUCGGGCGGGCCACCCCUCUGUCCAACGGGACGCUCAUCGUCUAUCGGGACUCCAGCGUCUCCUUCAACUGCUCCGGCUCCUCCUUCCCGUCCCAGCACCUGAACCUGAGCUUCACCGGAGGCUCGUCCAGCAACGUGUCGCUGGCCUCCGGCUCCGGCUCCUGGCUGAGCCACACGAUAGAAAACAUCCAGCCCGGCAGCCAGGGGCUGUACAGCUGCAGGGCCCACAACAACGUGUCCGAUCGGAUGGUUCAGAAGAACCACCAGCUGCUGGUUUACUACGCCCCGGACAGACACCCUGACUGCAGUUGGGCGCCAGCAGCCGACGCCUCCCACGCCCUUUUCAACUGCAGCUGGUUUGGAGCGUACCCCACCCCGACGCUGCGCUGGGUAGAAGACCAGGGCGACCAGGGCGCCCACUGGAAAGGACACGUCUUCGUGACGGACACGAGGGACAGUCUGUCUCUGAGCUUGAACCGCUCGCUGCUGUCGGAGGGGCAGACUCUGAGGUGCAUGGCCAAGGGCUUUGACCCUUCAGGGAAGGAGAAGUCGUGCUCGCUCACCCUCAAGCCUCCGUACCCUAGAGGCGAGCCGCUGGUCACGGCCCUGGAGGGGACCAGCGUCACGUUGACCUGCACCGAGGAUGCCUCCAUCCCCCCGGCCAACACCACGUGGAGGAAGGGGCUCCAGCAGGACGCCAUCACGCCCGGGUCGAAGUACGCCCUGACGGAGGAGGGCCCCGCCCUCAAGCUGACCAUACACAACCUCACCAAAGAGGACGAGGGCGUGUUCUUCUGCCGCAGCGAGAACCCGCUCGACCUCAGGGAGCUGGAGGUCGGCCUCACCGUGAGAGCCCCCUCCGCUUUCACAGGAGCCAUCGUCGGCAUCAUCAUCGCCGCCCUGGUCGUGGGACUGACCUUCAUCGUGGCCAAAUCGCUGUACUCCUGCCGACACCGCAUUUGCUUGGGUAACUCACUGUGGCCUCUGCUGCCGAUGCACGAAAAGUCACAAAUGCAUGCAACAUAUUUACUGCCCCACUCGUUCUCUGCAUUUACUGUAAUAACACACUGCAGCUGUAAUGUUGCACCUGAGAACUGACACAUGCAAAAAAGUGUGAAUCAGGACAAAUCCACUAACUCUUCACAAUUUCUCUUCACAUUUCUGUUUCAGGAGGAGACUUUGGGUGAGUUGGUCACGUUCACUUGUUUUAUAUGAUCUGCAUGUGUAAUUUAAUUCAAUCCAUCCAAACAAAGGGAUGAACACCAGCUCUUACAUUCUGCAGUGUUCUACCAGAGCUUCUCUCAUCUCGUGUUAAUCUCACUUGUAUGAAUCCAUCGGAAAAGAAGCAGAGAUAGAAAAUGACUGUCUGGCCGUUCAUAGAGCAUAAUGCUAUGUUUCUGAUGAGAUGAGAAGAUUGAUAUCAGUCUUAUGUUUGUAUGGUAAAUACAAAGCUACACCAGAUGCUAUCUGAGCUGGGAACAGUGAGAAACUGAACUUAACCCAGCUCAUGAAUGAACAUCUGAGCUUUGUCUUCACGUCUUAACUCUGCAAGAAAGAGUCAAACUAUCCCUUUAAACACACGAGGGACAAAGUCCACGUUUUAUUGGCUCCUUCACUUGUAAACUGAUUUAUGGUUUAUUUCCAUAUAACAUUUUUAAUAUGAGUUGACAUGAAAGAAGUCCGUUUUGGAAAUGACAGAUCCUCAACCUCACAAAUACAAAUGAACCAGGUUAAAUUAUAUUUCCAGUUAUUAUACACACUGACGCUUUUGGAUAAACCUAAAAGGUUCCUGUGUAAACAUUGACAAAAACUGAUUUUUAAUGUUCACAUCGAUAUUUGGCAGUUAGCCGGAUUCUUCUUUACGGCGUUUCUUAGCUACAUUUCCCCGCACGCUGCUGCUGACAGCUGAUCGUUCAAACAGCAUAACUGUGUAUCGCGAAUGUUGGAUAAAAACUCUGCUCUAUAGCACCUCUAGUGGUCAAACACUGUCGAUUGUACCACUUAGUUUGUUCGCAUAAUCUGGACACAGUUGUUGACCCGUCGUAAAAUAACUCCUCUAAGGAUUUGAAGAUGUGUCCCAGUGUUAACGAGUCUUUCUUAGUAUACGUCCCAGUUCCUGACUCCAGGUGCUUAAUAGAGUUUCUGCUCUCCAGGCAAACGGAGGACGACCGGAGAGAAGUGAUGUCUCUGGUGGACUCGGACGAUGACGAGCAGAUCUUUCAGGACGCUGUUCCCCGGCUGCCUCCGCUGACCAACGGCAAUCACAUGACUCUCGCCCAGAUCCACCAGAUCCCAUCGGGCGAACACGAGGACGUGGACACUGGGGACACCAGCUCUCAGCAGCAGGAGGACACCGAACAGACGGAACAGCCUGUGGAUCCUGUCACUUAUAUAUUUUAAGUGUUUUUAGAUCAAAGUUUCUUUUUUUAAGGUAAAAAAACGAUGUACUGAGAAUGUGAAUGUGAAAAACUCUGGUGGAAGACUUUUGUAAAAAAAAAUAUUUCUUUUAAUUUGUUAUAUUGUAAAUAGUGUUAUGUGCAGCGAGGUCAGGGUCAAAGGGUCAAAGGGCCCGUCUCUCUCUCUCCAAGGUGCUGAUGAGGAUGAGGAGUUGAUGGUUCAGCUCAUUGGUCCCCCCCCCCCCCCCAUUCCCCAUCAUCCUAUCACAGCCCAGGGCUCCUGAAUAAAGGGGGCCCAUCCCUCAGAGUCUCUUUUUGACCUGGUCUCAGAUCAGCUGCCACACAAGCUGUUCGGCUUUUUGCUGUUUUCUAUUACUAUCUGUGAGGUUUGUGGGGGGGGGAGGUUUGGACAAUAGUAGUCAGGGCACCUUUUACACUUUUGCACACACACAGACCCACAAGUAUAGACACACAAGGAUUGUAUGUUGGUGUCACCUGCUUCUUAAGAUAAGUUAGUUUGACAUUUUAGUUGUUUUACUUUAAUAACAGACAAUAGAUUUUUUGUCAUAUCCAUUUCCGUUUCCUUGACACGAGCCACCUUGUCCCUCACCUCCCCCACAUUUGUAAAAACCUGUUGUCUGACCACACACUUGUAAAUACACACCUUUGUCACUUAGACUUUUUUGACUGUGUCAAUAAUUCUGGUUUGUCCCGUGAGCGUCAACAACAGGCUUUUUAAUAUUUGUACGUUUUUAUUCCUGUGGUUGUGUUUUUGUACAGCGUUUUGAACAUGAUACUGAGAUCAAUGUAGUAAAUUAAGUUGUUUAAUAAAAAAAAAAGUAUGAUUGUU